AUAAUUCUACACCAGUUCAUCAUUAUACUUCACCCAGAACACUAAAUUUUCAAAAAUAAAAAAAAAUGAAAUUCGUUAUAUUUUCACUUAUGGUUUAUUUAUUCUACGUGCAAAAUGCAUAUUGUAAACCAUCGGAUCAAUUCGUAUCCAGGGAUAAACUCAAGGAAGCCGCCAUGUUGAUAGUCAACGAUUGUAAGACGCAGGUCGGCGCUACGGACGCAGACAUCGAGGCAUUGAAAGCACACAAACUGCCCGCUUCCAAGGAAGGAUUAUGCAUGCUGCAGUGCUUGUUCAACACCGGUAAGAUUAUGGAGAAUGGCAAACUGAACAAAGAGGGCGCUAUUGAAUUCUUCACGCCUGGAUUGAAAGGCGAUGCUGACAAGGUUGAUAAAAUGAAGCAGAUGAUCAACUUGUGCGAGAAGGAGAUUGGCGAUGGGUCGGAUGGUUGCGAGAAUGCUAAGUUGAUUAUUGAGUGUACUGUUAAACAUGGUAGGGAAUUCGGGUUUACUUUUCCUAAUCAUUUGAAACCCAAUUAAUGUAUGAAAAUUAUUUUUUUGUAUUUUAUGAGGUAAUUUGAAUAAAUUUUUAAAAGUU